GCUCCUGGUUGUCCCUGCGAUGUGGCUGUCUUUUUCUUUUGUGCGUAUAUGUGUGUGUGUUUUCCUGGUUGGGUGGCGGAAACCUCCUUGCCCAUCUGAGCAAUGAGUCUGUCCCAAAAGUGGCUUCCUCCUGAUGGAAGAUACUACAGCUUCCAAUAACACGACCAAAAGUCAAUCCUGAAAAAUAUGAGCCCUGAGAACUUCCAUGCAGCCCUGGAGAUUUUGUGCUUGUGCUGCCAUCGGAAGAACUGGCUUCACUCUGAGGAGAAAUGUUUCAGCUGUAGUUAAGUGCACUCUGAAAAUGAAAUGAGCUGGCAUUCUGAGGGAUCCCCAUCAUGAACAGAUAUACAACCAUCAAACAGCUGGGAGAUGGGACAUAUGGCUCUGUCAUCCUGGGAAGAAGCAAUGAAUCAGGGGAGCUGAUUGCCAUUAAGAGGAUGAAGAGGAAAUUCUACUCUUGGGAAGAAUGCAUGAAUCUUCGAGAAGUUAAGUCCUUGAAGAAACUCAGCCAUGCCAACGUGGUGAAACUAAAAGAAGUUAUCAGAGAAAAUGAUAAUCUGUACUUUGUAUUUGAAUACAUGAAGGAGAAUCUUUAUCAGUUAAUGAAAGAAAGGAACAAAUUAUUCCCAGAAUCUACUGUCAGGAAUAUUAUGUAUCAAAUUCUUCAAGGACUUGCAUUUAUACACAAACAUGGUUUUUUUCACCGUGACUUGAAACCCGAAAACCUCCUUUGCAUGGGACCAGAGCUUGUGAAAAUAGCAGACUUUGGCCUUGCACGAGAAAUUAGGUCCAGGCCUCCCUAUACCGACUAUGUCUCCACAAGAUGGUACAGAGCUCCUGAAGUGCUUUUGAGAUCCACUAACUAUAGUUCUCCCAUUGAUAUCUGGGCUGUUGGUUGCAUCAUGGCAGAAGUUUACACGCUUAGGCCACUUUUCCCAGGGGCCAGUGAAAUUGAUACAAUUUUCAAAAUUUGCCAAGUACUGGGAACGCCAAAAAAGAAUGACUGGUCUGAAGGCUACCAGCUUGCAGGCACCAUGAAUUUCCGCUGGCCUCAGUGCGUACCAAAUAACCUGAAAACCCUCAUCCCUAAUGCAAGCAGUGAAGCAAUACAACUCAUGAGAGACAUGUUGCAGUGGGACCCAAAAAAGAGACCAACAGCAAGCCAGGCACUUCGAUAUCCUUAUUUCCAAGUUGGCCAAGCACUGGGCCCUUCUCGCUGUAUUCAGGAGGGAGGAAAACAGAGAGAUGUUCCUGAAAAAACCCAGAUCCAUAUCAAACCCAUUCCUCCUGCACAACCUCCUCCUAAAGCACAAGUUCGCCUUUCAUUCAGGCCCUUCCAGCAGAACCAGCCCUCCCACUCUGUGAUAUAUCCAUAUAAAACAGGCUCUUCACUGAGUGACAAUUUAAGGGAAGACAAGCCUAGCCAAAUGGCUUUGCCAAAUAUCCGCAGUAAGAUGCCGCAGCACAAAAUAGAUGUUGCGACAGAAAAAACAAAUGGUGAACUCAAACCAAAGAAUCGGCGCAGAUGGGGACACAUUGAUGGAACACUGAAAAGCUCUGAGGAUUGGGAGGAUUUAGGAGGGUGUGAGGUGGCCAAAAAUGAUUUUAAAAACAAAGGACAGGGUGAUGAAGCAUUUUGCAGGUUUGAAAGUAUUUUAGAUCUGAAACCUUCUGUUUGCCUUGGGACUGGGAAUAGCGCACCUUCCUACCUUCGGCAGGACACGCCAACGUUACAAGUUUCUACAGCCAAACAACAUUAUUUGAAACACUCUAGGUAUUUACCUGGAAUAAGCACAAGAAAUAAUGUAAUGUCCAGUUCAAGCAAAGAUUCCAUUCCCUCUAAUCUGUGGCCCCCUUCUAGUUUGCCUAUAAAGACAUCGGGAGUAGCAGGAGGAAUUGCCAGACUGAAUUCCAGCCACACAGGGUCAAAUGGGCUAACGGCUGCAUAUAUCCCUUCAUUUCUGAAAAAAGAAGUUGGCUCUGCUGGCCAGAGGGUUCAUUUAGCACCAAUUAUCGAUCCAUCUUCUCUAGAUCCAUCUUCUGCAUAUACUUCUCUGAAGUCUGUGGGACCUCAUAUCGGGAGGACAUCUUUUAAUAUACCAGUGAAAAGCACUUCAGCUUUACUGCCACAUCCACCUCCAGUUCAACCAGUCCAUGGACGAACUGACUGGUCUUUAAAAUAUGGCGCUCACCGUUGAAUUUUUCAUGAACAGUGACAAAUGAGAAGGACAGUCUUAUGAGUUGGAAGCUCUAUUAAUUCUUAUUUUCUAUGACCAAGACAUUUCAAGACUAUUUAAGGCAAUUCAUUUUUUGGUUGUAUGUAUUUGAAUGCAAUCUUGUAACGUUUUUGUAUUGUUUUUACAAUAUGAUGGGAGCAAUUUAUUUUCAUAGGACCAAUACACAUUUGUAUAUCAGCUUAGAAUUGUGGGGUUCUCUGUGGAUUUUUUGGCAUUUUUGUAUGACCAACUUUGAAAUGUAGCUUUUUAAAAAGAAAACUAUUUUUCCUAUUUUGGGUCAGGUUUUUUUUAUAAAAGUGAAUAAAUGUAGCAAAUUUGAGGCAGUAUUUAAUAUAAAUAAGUCAGAAAAGGGACAGUUUCCAAAUUCAAGGUAAUAUCAUGACACAGUAUGUCAGGCAAAUAACCAGUUAGGUUUAAUGUCUGCAGUGCUCCAUAAAUUAUUGCUCAUCUCAUUUUUGUUGUAGCAAAACACGAAAAGGAAUUUAGCACAUUGCCCUUCUUAUAACUUAGAAUUUUUAGAACCAAUUCAUAAAAUCAACAGGAUGGGAAUAUUUGUUAUUUCUAAAAUUUACACUUCAGGCUGCAAGUGAUAAAUGGUCGUUUGAAACACCCCUUGUAUGCAGAAAAGCAGUUUAGCAAGGAAAAUUGGAUCUAUCCUGAUUAUAUUUAUGUCCCUGACUUUUAGAGAAAUUUGGAAAUAUAAAUACUAGCAGCCCCCAAUGGUAUAAUCCAGGAUAAUCUUUAGAAUUUGACUCUAGUGAUGGUGUGAACUGAAAAAAAAAGGUGUGUGUGGCCUUAUCCACAUGACACUUCAUACCAAAAGCUAACUUCUCUUCCAGUGGAAAGCUAUGCCCAGUUAUAAAUAGAGGCAUCCUGCUUCGUUUGUAAGCAAGGCAUUAUGUAGCGUAGUUAUUGGGAGAUAUUUAAAGCAAUAUUAAGUAUGACAAAGCUGGUUCAUAGAGUAAUAUAAAUGAGAUAUUAGGAAAUGCCAGCAGAAAAGUUAAAAGUUUUUUCUAUAUUCAGCUGCCUGUUUUUAUACUGUAGUUGGUUUUUCUUUCUCCAAAGAAAACGUGGUGGCUUCUGUGUGAGGCUUAGACAAAAGUUGUCAUUUGGAUAACUAGUGGUUCACUUUCAGGAAUUAUGUAUGACACAUCCUUGUAAAAUAAUUUUAGGAAGCACUUCCAACCAGUUUAUAAGUCAACGUGAAAAUGUAGUAGAUGUACAGAAAUGUACAUGAUAGAACUAUAACAUGGAAAAUGAUAUUAAAAGGGACAGGUUCAAAUCUAUGCAUUUUGAAAGGAAAACAGCCAAUUGUCUCAAAAGUAGCAAGGCUGCUCUGUUAACUUAAGAUGCUGUUCAAAUGCCAUAUCAUGUUUUUUCUGGAGAAAAUAAUAUUGGGGAAUUAAUCUCUAUGCAUUACUACUCACUGAAAAAGUUCAAGAUGGGCCUUUCUGAGGGAGAACAAUCCCAAAAGCUGCAUAAGUAAGCCUUCAGUCACCUUUUUCAAAGUCCUGUUUUAUAGACAUUCCACUUUGUCUUGAGCCAUAUCCUUAUUGCUUCCUCUUCUUUUUGCACAAGGUAGAAGCCGAAAGAAGGAAAAUUCAAACAUGUGAUGACUUCUUCCUUUUAGCAUGGUUUCAGAUGACCGCCUUAUCAGAAUUUUAUCUUUCAGAUCAUUUGAAUCAGAAUGAGAAGCAUAUACUUUUUGAUAUCCUAUUUUUAAUUCUUUCCUUCAUGCCAUUCUGGAAUUAUUGUGGAUUAUUCCCUACCCUAAAACAAUUACCUUUGAGGUGUCACCACAUCUAUUAUUUCAAUCGUUUUCAAAGACAUUUUUCCAUUUUGGUGAAUUUCCAUGAAUAGCAGAUUCUCUUUUCCCUAUUCCUUGGAUGUAUUCAGCCGAUAUUUCCUAUAUUGAGUCUAGGAAGUUAUUUUAAGCAGAAUGAGCUCAAGCUAUCCAUAACUGAAUGGUGGCAGGAUGACGGUUUGCAGCUCAGAGUAUCAACCUGUAACUGUUUAAGUGUCGAUGACUUCAGCAUGUCACUACUGUAAAUUCUGCUUUUUAAAAGUAGCUUUCCAAGCCCUGUUAGCAUGUGAGGACUUGAGUGGCUGGGUUGUACAGAAUGUAAUAAAUAUGUGGUGAAGCAAAACGAGAUUGAGCAGGGAAGUAAUAACCAAUGUACAGUGGAUUUGAGGCAGAGCAUUCGUCUUUCCAGUCUUUGGUGACAUUGCUUCUUCCCUUAAAUUAGUUUAAGGAGAUAAAUUUGAGCCAUGUUCAGUUAUGCAAUUCAAUUUUCAGAAAGCAUUCCUUAAUCAUUUAGGUUCAAUUGUACAUAUGAUCUGAUAAAUUUAUUAUUAAUGUCAUCUUUUAAAAACUUUCUAUAUAAUAAUCUGAUUUAUGCAUUGUUCAGGAAUUAGCCUAAAUAAACAUAACAUGAAUAAGCCUUUACAGUAUCAAGAAGAAAACAUAUCAUGGGAAACUAAAAUUGUUUUCUCUGGAGGAUUAUUUGUUUACAAGAGUUUUUUAAAAACCAAUUUUGCCCUUUUUCAAUUACAGUUCUAGCCGUUCCUCACUAUUUGCUAUACUGUCCAGGGCUAAUGGGAGAUGCAGUCCUACUAUAUCUUGGAAAUGGCCAGUUUCCCAUUCCUAAAUUAGGACGUGGGGGGGGGGGGGGGAGGGGAGGGAGAGAGAUAUCGCUCUUGCCAAUUAUUAAAAUAGUUUACAUGCUCUUCAGUGUUGGUAAUAGUGGGGUUUUGUUUGGUUGUUAUGGAUGCAAUCAUAAGAACAGUUAGGAAGGAACAAUUCCAUUUACAUUCAGUGGAGUUUCCUUUUGAUGUAGCACAUAACUAUUUUUUUUAGAAAAUCUCAUGUAGCUGAUUAGGUUUUUAAAAUGUGCCUACAUUAGUUCACAAAUGUCCCUGAAUGUUUAGUCACAUGAAACACUUCUGUCUGGAUGUCAUUAUAUUCUUGAGUCUUAAUGGAUUCCUGUGUUUUUAAAUCUGAGCAGAAAUAAUACCUUGAAUGCCAUAAAGAGCACACAUGCAUUAAAAUGGUCUUACUUCCAUUGACUGACUUCUGCUAAGCACAACUAAAAAUACUGUUUCACUUUGGUAAUGAUUCUGCAUGACAUAUCCUGUCAAAGCAAUAACUUUAAGAAGUUUGAUCUUUUACUGAGAUCUGAUCAAAAGCAACAUAACUGCACAAUUUACUACAGACUCAACAUUUCCUUGUAAAAUUACUGAAAUGGCCCUUUGCCUGUUUCUCAAUAAUAUCACAAGCCUUGCAUGAAGUGCAGAAUGCCUAGUGGUUCAAAACAGCUUGAGAUACGAUUACCUCUAUAUUAAAUUGAGAUAUUCCCAGCUCUCUUUUUUCCAUACAGGUUUCUUUUAAAUAAUCUGCUCUGAAGUGGAAACUAACUUCUAAAUGUGCUAUCUGAAGUCUUCCAAAUGCUUAAGACUUCAGUCACAUGCAUUCUUACAUAGGAUCACAUAGCAGCUUCAGAACAGUUUCUUCAUUCAGUGGAUCUAUGGUGGCGUAAGCAUUUGCUGAAGUUUACACAUAUCUGCUCUGUGGCUAUUUUUAUGAAACUGUCUCAUUUUCUAUCAGUGUUUAAAUAACUCGCCAAUACAAAUACACCACUCUUUGUGGGUUCUUGCAUCCAAGGUCUGCGGCUGAGUCAAAUAUGUGCAGAAGAUAAGUAUUGUGUUAAAUGUGAGUCAACGGGUAUAAGUGGGAAUUGAAACCCUGGCAUGUUUUCUACUUUGUGUCACUUGUGAAGUUUAAUAACAAAACACUCAUUUUUCCCUUAUGUUGUAAGACUCCUUCCUCAAAUAAAGCUUUUUCUAAAAACCUG